UUCCAACUUCCGAGUUUUGCGUCGUAGAGUAGGCGCUUACGUUCAUGUCUGAUAACUCACGUAGUGUUCCGGACGAGGCUUCGCUGCGUAGCGCAGCUGCAACCACUAUAUUUGAUGCCAAGGGACAACCUGUCAAGUUUGGCUCGUUGUUGAGGGAGCCGGUCAUUGUCGUUUUCAUUCGUCAUUUCUUCUGUGGGAGUUGCCAGCAAUACGUCAUGCAAUUGUCCUCCGUCCGACUUGAGGCACUCUCCAAAGCGAAUCGCAAAGUCAUCAUUGUUGGAUGUGGGUCCUAUGAAGUUAUAGCCGCUUACAAAGAGACCACAUCUUGUCCAUUCUCAAUCUAUGCAGAUCCCAAGAGAGAGCUAUAUCAUGCCCUUGGAAUGACUAUCGAGACUCUUGCUCUUACCCCUGCGAACGAAAAACGUCGCUCGUACCUACAGAAGGGUCUUUUGGGGAACAUAUUGAGUAGCCUUUGGUCCGGCCCACUGAAGAAUCCGUCACUCAUUGGGAAGCAAGGAAAAAUUUCCCAGCUUGGCGGAGAGUUUGUCUUCGACUCAGACAUUACCUGCACUUUUGCAUAUCGCAUGAAGCACACGGAGGACCAUACUGAAGUGUCUGAGCUGAUGCAGGCUGCUGGGGUUGAAUACCCUUGAGAGCCCUCUUACAAGCCAUACCGAACUAAGUCAACUUAUUUGGUAUAUUCUCUAUCUGAUGUCCUUUGUAUGGUUGUAAUAUUGUCAUACUAUCCUGUGAAUACGGUGUCGCU